AUGGCCUCGCCGCCGAUGUGGAGAAAACUAGGCGCAUACAUGCUCAACAAUACCAAUGCCAACGAAGUCAUCGACAUCGAGCUUCUUCCUGCCGAUGGAAGCGAAUUCCUCUCCCAGUACCCAGAAAAUCCAAACAGUCCUUUCUUCCUAGUGGAAGGUCAUCUCGGCAUCCCACAAAAGCAGCUGUACGGAGCAUAUCUGAGUGCUCUCCAUUUCUUUCCCUCUUUUCGACAAUCCAUCGUGGAUGCCUUAGAUUCGACGGAUGUUGCACUGGCUACGUCAGUCAUCCUAUUAGCCAAUCCUGACCACAACUCUGCCUGGAACAUAAGAAAGAAGUUUCUUCUAUCCGGAGCUUUGCAGAUGAACAAAGAGCUCGAGGUAGUCCGUCUCAUAGGAACUAUCCCCAAGAACUCGAGGGCUUCGUUGCUAUGGCAUCACUGGCGAUGGGUCAUGGAGCAUCUUUUCCCUGUUGCUGCUUCAAAAACUCUAAGUCGAUCAAGCGACUUAGAAUGGGCCGUGGAACUUCCUCCGGACAUAUGUGAACGAGACCUGGAGAUUGUUCACAGGGCAGUGGCAACAUAUCCGAGGAACUACCAUGCCUGGGCACAUCGAGCCCUCGUUCAGCGGCAUAUCCUUGCUCACUGCAAGAAUGAUCCCGACGGUGCAUGGAAUUCCAUAUUGCGGGAAGAGUAUGGACGGAUGACCACAUGGCUCGAAUCGCACGUUUCCGACUACUCAGCCGCGCAAUACCUUGUCCAAAUGCAGUGGAGUAUGCAGAAACUCGAGCUCCCCCUACCGAAUAUAGCAAGGGACCCGAACAGUCUUCCGGGGUCAGGGGCAGUGGAAUACUUCAUGGCACUUCUACGGAGAUUCCCGGAGAGGGAGACACUAUGGCUUGCUGUAAAGGGACAUUUGGUCCAACCAGAACAGCACAUCUUGACAGCUGCCCAGACGGCGAGCCUGAAGGGGAUGUUGCUGGGCGAGGUUAAAAGUGCUGGUUCGGGGGACGAGCGCCUUCGUGCUGGCGCGAACGCUCUGCGGUUCUUGUUUUGGUACCUCCACCAGGAGGACAACGUCAAGUUUACUGAGGAAUCCAUCAGAGCAGUGUUAUCGUCUCACUCCGAUUCGGCCAUCACACGGCAGACACUUGCGCUACUUCCGCUGCUCGGCAAGACUGAAUAG